UCCAUCGCGACAGAUCUCGUGCCGCCGCCGUCGCAGUUUUUCCUUGUUUUUGACCCGUCUCGUGUGGAUUGUGUCAAAAUCAAAAACCCUCCCAUCGCGCGAGAGAGAGAGAAAUAGGGAGAAACACCUACGUUUCCGCAAAAAAAAGGAAGCACAGAAAUCUUCAAGGUUCCCACACCCAGGUGGAUUAAUUACUGUCCGAUUAUUCUUUUGCACUUAUUUUCCCAGGAAAUUUUUGUGUUUUGCUGCCCCUCGUCUUCCUCUGCACCGGUUACCGCAUUGAUAAGCUACCACUACUGGAUAGGAGCUGCGUUGUCUCGACGUCCAACGUUUGAAGGGGGUAUUUGCUGCAAGUGCUGCUGCUGCUGCUGCUUGUUGUGUGUGCAGUCAGCGGUGCGGUGAUAAUGAAGUCGACGACGAAUGCCAUCAUCAACGUCGUCAUAUGAUAAUGCGAAAAAGUGGGCUUGGCAUGCCGAUGUGUGUGGUGCUGCUCCGGCAAGAAUAAUAAUAAUACAUUCCCAUACAAAAAAGCGUACGUAUGAAGAGAGUGAGUACGAGUUGGAUGAAAAGUGGGCAAAGCAAGUGUUUAGAAGAAGUGAUUCCUGUCAAUAAAGAAAAAUCAAGGGAAGAAUACAGAAAAAGUUCGCUUUUGUCUUGUGUAGGAAAAGCAGGCUGGAAAAGUGGGAAAAGUUAACAAGGGUAAAAAAGCAAGACGGAAGCUGAACAGUGGUGACGAGUGAAAUUUCUUUCUUUCUUUUCGCGGGGUGUCUCUGGAAAUUUGAUUGUGAUUAGUGAUGUUUAAGUUUUCGGUUUGCUCAACAUAGUUGUUGGUUUAUUUUUUUUUUUGUUAAAACUCAGUGGGGGUGUGUGCUGUUCCGGUUUUUGAUCAGUCAGUGCCAGCUGCCAGCUGAAUUCGCUAGCUGAAAAGUGAGAGAAAAUAAUCAAAAAAGAGAGAGAGGUGGCCGAGAGAAAGAGAAACAAACGGAGAGUAUAUCCGCAAAACCAGCUGAUUAGGUGGGCUUCGAUCGAACUGCUGCUGUCUGCUAGUGUUGUUGGUCUUCGUGGUCUGGGAGCUCUUUCUGUUUCCUGCUCUUCGGAAGCAAGAAAAUGAACAUGACGGCUCGGAGAUGGUUCCAUCCUUCGGUGUCCGGGGUGGAGGCAGAAAAACUGCUCCUAGAGCGUGGCUUCGAUGGAUCCUUUCUGGCCCGGCUGUCCUCCUCAAUUCCCGGUGCGUUCACGCUUUCGGUGAGGCGCGGCCAGGAAGUUACCCACAUCAAGAUCCAGAACAAUGGCGAUUUCUUCGAUCUGUAUGGAGGUGAAAAGUUUGCCACCCUGCCGGAACUCGUUCAGUAUUAUAUGGAAAAUAGUAACCAGUUGAAGGAGAAGAACGGACAUUUCAUCGAACUAAAACAACCGCUGAUCUGUGCCGAACCAACGACAGAAAGGUAAUGAAUUGUUCAAUACAGCAUGUGAGUAUUGAAAUGAUACUGUAAUAUUGAUGUAGAAUUUGUAUUGAAAAAUGAAAAAAAUAUUUGAAAAUUUGAAAAAAAAAAAAACAAAAAGG